GCGGCGGUUUCGAACUCGUAAGAGCCGUCCUUUCUCGAUGCCGCGCGGAUGGUUUCUGGCGCGCUGGCUCGGCCUUGCGUGGGUCGCUUCUUGCGCGGAGGCAGGGCUUGACAAGGGUGCGCCGCCAACCGAUUACUCGUACUAUCGCUGCACCGUCACUCAUGGCGCGCCCGUGUCGAUGACACCUCUCUCGGGCAUCAUGUCGUUCUGCGCGGGGUUCAAGAACGGUCGCUGCUGCAUUCCAAUCCACGACGAGUACAUCAAGACCACGUUUUACGGGAUUCUGUCUGCCGGUUCGAUCUGCGCAGCGGCGCCCAACGAAGCGCUGGUCACGCUCAAGGCGAUCCAUUGCGCGGCGUGCGACCCCGCCGUUAGUCUGUACCUCUCGCCGCCGCGCAACGCGUCGUUCUUUUCAGCGCCGCAGACGCUCAAAGUGUGCGCGGCCGCCGCGGCGGCGGUGAGUCCCCACCGCUUUAGCGAUUGCGGCCUCGUGUACAUUGGCAGUCGCAACAGUCUUUGUUCGCCCAACAUUCCUAUCGCUCCGUCGAUCGUCUUUCCCGGCUGCGAUGACGGCGAGCACGUCUGCCAGAGUGUCACCAAGGGCGACUACAGUCCGAUUUGGUACUGCAGCAAGGCGCCGUGCGGUGUCGACACGCCCCUUGGGCUUCGUGAUGAAGCGUGCCACGGGCUAUCGUGCACCGCCUCGUUCCAAUUCCUCAACGACAACCGAGGAGCCAAGCCGCCCUACUUUGAAAUGUUCCCCGUCGAAAUCAUCGACGAGACCUCGUGCGACGGCGCCACCUGCUGUGUGACCGACCCGAGACUCGAGGUCUCGACCUAGUCGAUUACGACUAAUAGGACUUUAAAAAAAAGUGAUACAUCUCGAUCGUACAUCGUUGCCA